AUACUUCUCUUCUCUUUGGUUUCUUCGUCCCUGCAGUGCACUAAGCUGCACCGCCACCUCCGCCCAGUCGCCCACCACAGCCGGAACCGUCGGCUAAGUGACCCUUCUUCAAUUCAAGUUUCCGAUCUCAGUUUGUGAUAAAGAAAUCGUUCCACUUGGAUUCAAGCACUCUCUCGGUCUCAUCAUCGCAGGUAUUCCACAAAACCCUCCAAAUUCUAUUCCUUCAUUAUUCUUCUUCUUCAACUAUCUUUCUUCAUCAAGGUUUCUUAAAACUGAGAACAAAAUCUAAGAAUCAAUAUGUGAAAUGUGACUUUGAGGGAUAACAUUUUUUUUGUGCAAUUAUUUAUUUGCUAUGGUAUAUGAUUCUUAGAUUAUUUCAGCAACACUCUUCUGUAAAAACGUACCUGGUUCUGAAACCCAAUUUGAAUUUCAAUCUCUAGGUUCAUAUUAUUUCCCUUUAUUUGAUUGAUUAGUUGAUUUAUAUUUAUGAGUUGUGAUUCGUUUUUCUUUUUCAAUUUUACUUUGAAUAUUAUUAAUAGUUUUUCUUGUAUAGAUUAAUGAUAGUAAUUGGUUUUGUCUUAGUUGGUUAGCAAUUACUAUGAUAAUGAUACGAUGUAGCUUAACCUAGCCGCCCCUAGGCACUACGGGGGACAUCAUUGCAUUGUGAUUUUGAGUAGCGGCUGUAGCCUGUAGCACCACUAAUAGUGGUCAGAUUGCGGCCAAUUAGUGUCUACUAUAGCAAAAUUCUUGCAAAAUUUGCUUUUAUAAAUGUGUUCAAUAUGUUCAUAAAAUCAUGAGCUUUGAAGUUUAGUCUUAAUUUUUUGUUAUAUUUUUGUAGGGAUAAUUUUCAAAUAUAGAUUAAAAACAGUAAAAUUUAUGUAGAAACUAAACUUGAAAGGUUGUGAUAUUGUAGGGACUUAAAAAUCCUAUUUAACCCUUAAAUUAUUGUAAACAACUAACUAACUGUUGACUUAGUGGUGCCUAUGACUGCAUUUUCAUUGUACAAAAGUCUAUGUGGCCUUAGGCCUUUGUUAAACACCUUCACUGAAAUUGAGUUGUGAAACUAAGAUCGGGAUGGUUUGAUUUGAAGAAUUAGGGUUCGAUUUAGCAUGGUAAAAGCAUUCGAGUCUGGCAUUUGUUAGGUUUGCAGUUUUGAUUCUGGGUUUAUGAAGGUAAAUAAAUAGCAUUCGAGUAGCAUUCUGUUCUGGCCUUCUGGGUUUGUGACUUAUGCUAAUAGGUCUGAUUGUUAUUUCAGUUUUGAUAACAAAAUAGCUCUGAUUUUAAGAGUGAAAAUUAUAUUCUGAACUUAUCAAAACUCAUGUUUAAGAAACUUUAGAUAUAUGAGUGAAAAUCACUUCUUUAUUCUUAAUUAUAUUAUGUUAUGAAGAAUGAUACAUUAUGUUCUUUAUUCUUAAUUAUAAUAUUAUAUUCUUGACAACUGAGUUGUAGAUACUGAGUUGUUUGUGACUCUAUAGGUAGUGCUUGUGAUUCAUGUUUUUCAUAUGUCCGUGUUUCAUAGCUUACUCAACAUUGACUUGAAAAAUGUUAGAGAUAAGGAAUUUAAAUUUGUAUUAACACCACAUAACAUCAUAAGGUAAGAGAUUGGAUAUGUAUCACAUAGAGUAUGGAUAUAUGCAAUAUAGAUAAAGAGUUAGAUGAACAAUGAUAUAAGGUAAGUUAUUGUAAUCUUAAAUUGAUAUAAUGUAAGUAGAAAGCAAUGUAACAAUAGGGGUUUAUAUAGGGGAAGAGAGAUAAUAAUGGUAAUAAUAAUAAUAAUUAAGGAUGUAUAUUUUGUGAACUAAGAAUAUAUGAUUAGGUGCAAGGUGAGAAUAACCAUGUAUGAUGGUAGCAAUGAGGGGAUGUGAUUCACUAUAAUAGUAUAAGGUGUAGGGAUUGGAAGUACUUAGUUUAGUGUAUGAAAGUUUAAGUUGAACAUGAGUGUCUAAUCUAUCUUUAAAGUUUUUGAGCUAUAAGCUACAAUUUUGUGCUUCUUUUUAUUAGGAGUCCAAUUUAUAAUAUUAGAACAAGGCCUCCAAAUUGUUUGAGACAUCCCUGAAUUUAUGUUAUUGUUACCAUUGAAAUGUUCAUAAUUUAGGAUCAGAAUAUUUGCACGAGUUCAUGUACUCAUGUUUGUUAUUAUUAUUGAUCAACAGGGCAAGAUUAAGAUUAGAAUUAAACAAGUAUAUGAUGGCUGGCUACAUUAUUAGACGAGCAUUCUCAUGCCGUAAUUUGUUUCGCCUCCGAACCUCUGCUCUUAGCGUUUGUGAAAAUUCCCCCGUUAAACUUUGUACAUCUGAUGAUAGCAGUAGAGUCUAUACUCUUACAACUAUGCCUAAUUUUAUCAUGGAAAGUCGCAGAGCCUUUGCCAAAGGCCGAAAGUCGAAGGUUUUAGAGGAUGAAGGAAGUGUUAGUACAGUUGAAGUUCCAACAAACGUUGGCCCUAUUAUUAAGGCAAGUGCUGUCUCACAGAUGGAGGCUGCAAUGGCUGCAUUAUCUGUUGAACUAAGCAAACUACGAACAGGAAGAGCAUCUCCAGGAAUGCUUGAUCACAUUAUUGUAGAAACUGGUGGUGUCAAGAUGCCUUUGAAUCGGAUUGCUCUUGUUUCGGUUCUAGAUCCUAAAACCUUAUCUGUUAAUCCUUAUGAUCCUGAGACACUUAAACAAUUAGAGAACGCCAUUGUUUCAUCUCCAUUGGGAUUAAAUCCUAAAACAGAUGGUGAAAGAUUGAUUGCUGUCAUUCCACCGUUAACCAAAGAGCAUAUGCAGGCUAUGAAUAAGUUGGUGACUAAAUCUUGUGAGGAUACUCGGCAAAGCAUUAGAAGAGCUCGACAAAAGGCAAUGGAUGCCAUCAAGAAAUUGAACUCCAGUCUUCCCAAGGAUGACAUAAAAAGAUUGGAAAAAGAAGUUGAUGAUUUGACGAAGAAAUUUAUCAAGUCUGCGGAAGAUGUAUGCAAGGCAAAGGAGAAGGAAAUUAGUCAAGGUUGAGAUGUAGUGUUUUUCUAGAUUUUGUGGGUAGGUUUCACUAAAUCAUCUAAUUUAUUCUGCUGGGGCCUGAAAUUUUAUCUGGUCUAAGCUAAAGCUGAGUAUCAUUUAACUAGUCAUUAUAUUUUGUUAGUACAACAGUAUUAGAUAAAAAGGAUUUCUCAUUCUCAACCUGUGGGUUUGGAGUUGUUGCAUUAGUGCAGGCUGCUAUGUAAUGUUUUUGAUUAAACAUUUUGUGUUUAUGGUUGCUACUCCCCUUGUUGGUCCUAAUUUGUGAAUGUUCCGUUUUGUCACA